GGGUUGUGUUGGGUUUAGGAAUUGUGUUGGGUUUAGGCGUUGUGUUAGGUUUAGGGGUUGUGUUAGGUUUAGGGGUUGUGGUAGGUUUAGAGGUUGUGUUGGGUUUAGGGGUUGUGUUGGGUUUAGGGGUUGUGUUAGGAUUAGAGGUUGUGUUGGGUUUAAGGGAUGUGUUAGGAUUAGGGGUUGUGUUGGGUUUAGGGGUUGUGUUAGUUUUAGGGGUUGUGUUAGAUUUAGGGGUUGUGUUAGGUUUAGGGGUUGUGUUGGGUUUAGGGGUUGUGUUGGAUUUAGGGGUUGUGUUAGGUUUAGGGGUUGUGUUGGGUUUAGGAAUUGUGUUGGGUUCAGGCAUUGUGUUAGGUUUAGGGGUUGUGUUAGGUUUAGGGGUUGUGGUAGGUUUAGAGGUUGUGUUGGGUUUAGGGGUUGUGUUGGGUUUAGGGGUUGUGUUAGGAUUAGAGGUUGUGUUGGGUUUAAGGGAUGUGUUAGGAUUAGGGGUUGUGUUGGGUUUAGGGGUUGUGUUAGUUUUAGGGGUUGUGUUAGAUUUAGGGGUUGUGUUAGGUUUAGGGGUUGUGUUGGGUUUAGGGGUUGUGUUGGAUUUAGGGGUUGUGUUAGGUUUAGGGGUUGUGUUGGGUUUAGGAAUUGUGUUGGGUUCAGGCAUUGUGUUAGGUUUAGGGGUUGUGUUAGGUUUAGGGGUUGUGGUAGGUUUAGAGGUUGUGUUGGGUUUAGGGGUUGUGUUGGGUUUAGGGGUUGUGUUAGGAUUAGAGGUUGUGUUGGGUUUAAGGGAUGUGUUAGGAUUAGGGGUUGUGUUGGGUUUAGGGGUUGUGUUAGUUUUAGGGGUUGUGUUAGAUUUAGGGGUUGUGUUAGGUUUAGGGGUUGUGUUGGGUUUAGGGGUUGUGUUGGGUUUAAUGGAUGUGUUAAGAUAAGGGGUUGUGUUGGGUUCAGGGGUUGUGUUAGGUUUAGGGGUUGUGUAGGGUUUAGGGGUUGUGUUGGGAUUAGGGUUUGUGUUAGGUUUAGGGAUUGUGUUGGGUUUAGAGGUUGUGUGGGGUUUAGGGUCGUGUUGGGUUUAGGGGUUGUGUUAGGUUUAGGGGUUGUGUUGGGUUUAGAGGUUGUGUUGGGUUUAGGGGUUGUGUUGGGUUUAGGGGUUGUGUUAGGAUUAGAGGUUGUGUUGGGUUUAAGGGAUGUGUUAGGAUUAGGGGUUGUGUUGGGUUUA